UUGAUGAUGAAUGAAAUUACCUUUUUAAUCUGGAGUGAUGAUUCCUUAUAACCAAAAGGGGCGAUGACGAGGUUACUGACCUUGGGAUUCUCCCCAAUUUCCAUUUCUUCUUCUUGCCCCUCCCUCCUUCCCUUAAUCUCCACACUCUCAUCUUCCACCUCCUUCUCCUUCUCCACCAAGCUCACUGCCUCAGGCAAGAGUAAUUUGGUUGUACGCGGUUGCAGGAGUGAGACGAAGCUGCGAGAUUCGAUGGAAUCGGAGAAGGAAUUGCCGGAGUUCAACAGAAGCCUGUAUCCGAGCAUAGAGCCUUACAGCUCCGGCUCUCUCAAGGUCUCCGAUAUCCACUCCAUCUAUUGGGAGCAGUCUGGAUAUCCCACCGGCCAUCCUGUUAUAUUUCUCCAUGGAGGUCCAGGAGGUGGAACUUCCCCAAAUAAUCGAAGAUUCUUUGAUCCUGAGUUCUACAGAAUCAUCCUAUUUGAUCAGCGAGGUUCAGGGAAAAGUACUCCACAUGCAUGCUUGGAAGAAAAUACCACAUGGGAUUUGAUUGGUGACAUUGAAAAGCUCAGAGAACACCUGGAAAUUCCAGAAUGGCAGGUUUUUGGUGGGUCUUGGGGGAGCACACUUGCCCUGGCAUAUAGCCAAUCACACCCUGAUAAGGUUACUGGCAUGGUCCUGAGAGGGAUUUUUCUCUUAAGAAAGAAAGAGAUUGAUUGGUUUUAUGAGGGUGGUGCUGCUGCCAUAUACCCUGAUGCCUGGGAGCAAUUUCGUGAUCUGAUUCCGGAAAAUGAGCAUGGAAGUUUUGUUGAUGCUUAUCGGAAGAGAUUAAAUUCCGAUGAUAAGGAAGUACAAUAUGCAGCUGCUAGAGCGUGGACCAUGUGGGAAAUGAUGACUGCCCAUCUCCUUCCAAAUAAUGAGAACAUCAAGAGGGGGGAAGAUGAUAGUUUUGCAUUGGCAUUUGCCAGGAUUGAAAAUCAUUACUUUGUGAACAGAGGAUUCUUUCCUUCAGAUGCAUACCUGUUAGAUAACAUCGAAAAGAUAAGGCAUAUAAAAACUACAAUCGUACAGGGACGAUAUGAUGUUUGCUGUCCCAUGAUGUCGGCGUGGGAUCUUCAUAAAGCAUGGCCAGAAGCUGAUCUCAAGGUGAUUCAAGAUGCAGGGCAUUCUGCUAAUGAACCGGGAAUAGCUGCAGAGCUUGUGGCUGCAAAUGAGAAGCUAAAACACAUAAAAGUUGGAGCAUAGGAAGACAACUAGAAUAGAUUUAAUAGAAGGGGUUUACUACUCUCUUGUGGUGCCCUUGAGUCAUGAUUUCAACAAGAAUCAAGUUUCCAAAAGUUUUUCUCAAGUUCAAUGCAUGUAGAUUGUUUCUAGUGUGUGGUGUGCAGUUGCUUAGUGUACCCGAUGAGGGUUCCACCACCCAAUACACCCCAAACCCUUCUUAAGUUUAGUGCAAUUUCUUCCGGUUAUUAUGCUGAUGAGCUUUAAGUUGGCUUCAAAACAGAAUAAUUCCCAUGUUUUUAUAGACUCCGGGAUCAUUAUUUAGUUUCUACUCAACAA